AUGGUGGGCUUUGAAAGCUCCGUCAACACCCCUUCGGCCCCAAGGCAGAAGCAAACCGCCGCCGUGGGGUACGACGUGCCGGACGGCGUCGAUAUCAGGGGAAGGUAUGACCCUGAAUUCGCGCGCGUCCUCACCAAGGAAGCGCUGCAAUUCGUGGCGGCCCUACAGAGGCAGUUCAGGAAUCAAAUCCGGUACGCCAUGGACUGCCGGAAGGAGGCCAAGGCCAGGUACAACGCCGGCGGCCUGCCUGGUUUCGACCCGGCCACCAGGCACGUCAGGGAGGGCGACUGGGUCUGCUCCCCUCCGCCGCCCGUGGUGGCCGACCGGAGGGUCGAGAUCACUGGGCCUGUCGAGCGGAAGAUGAUCAUCAACGCCCUCAAUUCUGGCGCCAAGGUCUUCAUGGCUGAUUUUGAGGAUGCGCUUUCGCCAAGUUGGGAGAAUCUGAUGAAGGGUCAGGUGAACCUUAGUGAUGCUGUUAAUGAAACCAUAAGUUUUCAUGACAAGGCGCGCAACAGAGUGUACAAGCUCAACGAGCAGGGGAUAGCUACCCUGUUUGUGCGGCCCAGAGGGUGGCACCUGCCAGAGGCUCAUAUCCUUAUCGACGGCGAGCCGGCUACCGGCUGCUUGGUGGACUUUGGCCUCUAUUUCUUUCACAACUGGGCCGCCUUUCGCCGAGGUCAGGGCCAGGGCUUUGGCCCAUUUUUCUAUCUUCCCAAGAUGGAGCACUCUAGAGAAGCCAGGAUAUGGAACAAUGUGUUUGAGAUGGCUGAGAGAUCUGCCGGAAUCGAGAGGGGCAGCAUUCGCGCCACUGUCCUGAUCGAGACUCUGCCAGCCGUGUUCCAAAUGAACGAGAUUCUGUACGAGCUCAAGGACCACUCGGUCGGACUCAACUGCGGUAGAUGGGACUAUAUUUUCAGUUACGUCAAGACCUUCCAAGCCCACCCGGACCGCCUCCUUCCUGACCGUGUCCAGGUCGGCAUGACUCAGCACUUCAUGCGAAGCUACUCCGAUCUCCUCAUCAUGACUUGUCACUCCCGAGGCGUCCACGCCAUGGGUGGAAUGGCGGCCCAAAUUCCAAUCCGGGACGAUCCUGCCGCCAACGAGGCUGCCCUGGAGCUGGUGAAGAAGGACAAAUUGCGCGAAGUCCGUGCAGGUCACGACGGGACUUGGGCAGCCCACCCGGGCCUUAUCCCCGCCAUAAUGGAGGUAUUCACAAACAACAUGGGGGGAAAGGCCAACCUAAUCGAGUCGGUCAGGCGAGAGGACGCAGCUGCCCUGACCGAAUCGGACCUCCUCCAAAUCCCGCGUGGCUUCCGAACCAUGGAAGGGCUCAGGCUCAACACGAGGGUCGGAAUACAGUACGUGGCCGCGUGGCUAAACGGGUCCGGGUCGGUUCCGCUGUACAACUUGAUGGAGGAUGCAGCCACAGCUGAGAUCAGCCGAGUACAGAACUGGCAAUGGCUCAAGUACGGUGUGGAGCUUGAUGGGGACAGGCUUGGGGUUCGGGUGACACGGGAUUUAUUCGGGCGGGUGGUGGAGGAAGAGAUGGCGAGGAUCGAGAAGGAAGUUGGGAAGGAGAAGUUUCGAAAGGGUAUGUAUAAGGAGGCUGCCGGGAUAUUCGCGGGACAGUGUACGGCGAGUGAGCUGGAUGAUUUCCUUACGCUCCAUGCGUAUAACCGUAUAGUCGUGCAUUAUCCGAAUGUCGGGUCGUCGUCGAGGCUCUGA